AUGGAAAGUUUAAAAAGAACUCGCACUGCUAUCAAAGCUACGUUAACGAAAUUUGAAACUGUCGUGAAUACUUUAACGGUCAAACAUGAGACCGAAUGUGCUCUAGGGGAAGCAGAAAUAAUACAAUUGCGGCGUAGGUUAUCCAAUGCAGAAGCACUGCUGGCUCAAUUUCAGGAUAUUCAAAUCCAAAUCGACGCCAGCAAUAAAGACGCGCAACCCGACGAAAGUCAAAUUGAUGAAUUUGAGGAAAGAUAUUACGUAAUUAUUUCAGCCGCAAAACAGCUGUUAAAUAAAUGCGCUCCUUCUAAUUCAACAAAUUCUAGUAACACAGCCAACAUCUCAAUUUCAGAGGAAGCUGCCUCAAAAAAUCGCUUCAUUAAAUUGCCCAGCAUAAAUAUACCGAAUUUUACGGGUGAACAUCAAGAAUGGUUGAAUUUUCGCGAUAUGUUUACUAGCCUGAUCCACGAUAAUUCAAAUUUAUCGGAAGUGCACAAAUUGCAUUACUUAAAAGCGUCCUUAUCUGGGAAGGCCGCAGAAAUUAUAAAAAAUUUGUCUCUAACCUCCGAUAAUUAUGAACUUGCGUGGACCGGUCUAAAUGAUCGAUACAAUAACAAUAAAAUUUUAAUUCAUCAUCAUAUAAAAGGGUUAUUUAGUAUUGAAACUAUGGGCAAGGAGUCCUCAAUCAAAUUAAGAACAUUAGUGGACAUAUUUAAACGAAAUUUAAGAUCUUUCGAGAGCCUUGUAGACCCUAUCUUCCAAAGAGAUGCCUUGCUAACCUAUCUUUUGUAUUCAAAAUUGGACUCUACUACCACGCGCGAAUAUGAAAACUUAAAUACGAAUUCCACAGUUCCGAAUCUUUCAGAUUUGAUUGGUUUCAUCGAAAGGAAGGCGUCGUUGCUUGAAACACUUGAGCAUCGUAACUCAAAACCUCCCUCGAUAUCUGAAAGACCUCAAUCUAAAUCUUUCGUCGUCAAAGAGCAACGUUGUGCGUUUUGUAGUGAAACCCAUUUCAUUUUUCAUUGCGAAAAAUUUAAGAAUCUCGCAGUUAGUGACAGAAUCGCAAAGGCGAAACAGCUUAAACUAUGCUUAAACUGUCUCUCUAGAGGUCAUGUAAAUAAUAAAUGUAAAUCAGCGUAUAAAUGCGCUACCUGUAAGUUGAGGCAUAACACUCUGUUGCACUUAAGCAAAGCGCAACCUACUCCCAAUGUGGAAGUCAGUGAUAAUAUAGAGUCAUCCCCACCUGCAAAUACAGUUGCUGCAGAAAAGGCUACCGUUGCCUCAUUACUUGUUCACCAUACCAAUGUCUUAUUGUCCACAGCGGUUGGUGACGCUCUGGAUUGCACUGGCAACCCGAGAGAGGUACGCAUGCUCUUAGAUUCGGGUAGUCAAGGGAAUUUCAUCACUGAAAAAAUGUCUAAGCGUUUGAAUUUAGACAAACAAGACAUAGAAAUCAACGUUACAGGUCUAGCUAACCGCCACUCGCUGGUCAAAGCUCAAUGCAAAGUACGCUUAUUUUCAAAACAUAACAAAUACUCCUUGGAAACCUCGUGCCUGAUAAUACCCGAAAUUACUGGUUCUGUACCUAGUCAAAACAUUGAUGUUUCUCAAUUAUGCAUUCCUGUCGGCAUAAAAUUGGCCGAUCCUUAUUUUAAUGUUCCUCAAAGCAUUGACAUUUUGCUGGGUGCUCACGUUUUUUACGAAUUAAUGUGUAUAGGACAAAUUUCGUUAGGCCCACAGAAACCGAUAUUACAAAAAACUCGCUUUGGGUGGGUUGUCGGCGGACCCAUUAACUUUCCUCAGCCCCCUGUAACAAUGCGGUGCAAUUUAGUUGCAAUCGGUGUGCAGGAACAAUUAGCUAGGUUUUGGGAAUUGGAGGAAUUACCGUCUGACAAACCGCGAUCAUUAGAAGAGAUCGAAUGUGAGUCAAACUUUGUGAAAACAACACAACGUGACCCCGAGGGAAGAUUUAUAGUAAAAAUUCCUAUGAAAGAUACCGUCUCUAAACUAGGUGACUCGUACGAAUAUGCAAAAAAAUGUUUAUACUCGCUCGAAAGGAGGCUGAAGGUCAAUGCAGACCUGCGCAUAAAAUACCAUACCUUCUUAAAGGAAUACGCGGAUCUCAAACACAUGACUCCCUCAUGCAGCACGUCAAAAAAUUCUUACUAUUUGCCUCAUCAUGGCGUACUUAAAAAUGAGAAGGUCACAACCAAAUUGAGAGUUGUCUUCAACGCCUCAGCAAAGACCACAAGUGGUCGUUCCCUUAACGAGUUACAGGCAGUAGGUCCAGUCAUACAAAGAGACCUAUUUUCCAUUGUCGUAAGUUUCAGAAUGUACAGAUAUGCCAUAUCAGCAGACAUUGAAAAAAUGUAUAGGCAGGUACUCAUUUGUCCCUCGCAAAGACACUUGCAACGCAUUUUGUGGCGAAACAAUGAUGCGGAAGAACCUUUGAGUUAUGAUUUAAAUACAGUCACCUACGGCACUGCCGCCGCUUCUUUUCUGGCCGUGCGUAGUCUGUAUCAAUUAGGCAUCGAAUGUGAAAGUACGGCACCUGAUAUAUCAAACAUAAUAAAGAGAGAUUUUUAUGUCGAUGACUUGAUGACGGGAGCCGAUACUAUGGAGCAGGCGCAAAAAAUUUGCCGCGAACUUCCAAAAAUUCUAAAUUCGGGCUGUUUCCCUUUACGAAAAUGGAUGUCAAACGAUCCGAAGGUUCUAGAAAAUAUAGAAGCAGAUUCCAUUCACCCCCAUCUAUUAGAAAUAGGCUCACAUGAGCACACAAAAACUCUAGGUUUGUCAUGGAGCUUUCAUUCUGAUCGGCUCAUCUAUUUCAUAUCUAAACCAAAUUUCGAAAAAGCAACAAAAAGGGCAAUUCUUUCCGAAACUGCUCAAAUUUAUGACCCUCUGGGCCUGGUAAGUCCAUGCACUGUAGCAGCUAAGUUAAUUUUGCAGCAAAUAUGGAUACUCAAGUUGGAUUGGGAUGACAAUAUACCAAAAAAUUUAUAUGAAAAGUGGUACACUCUGAGAUCAGAAUUAAUCCUAUUGAACGAUCUAAAAGUUCCCAGGCAAGUUACUUGCAUUAAUCCAACAAAACUAGAAAUGCAUGGCUUCUGCGACGCCAGCACGCAAGCUUAUGCCGCCUCAGUAUACAUUAGAUCUGUGGAUAUUGAUGGCCAUGUAAGCGUGCACCUUUUGUGCGCCAAAAGCAAAGUAGCGCCUUUAAAAACAAUUACUGUGCCGCGUCUAGAGCUUUGCGGAGCGCUAUUACUGACUCGCUUGACCAACACAAUUGUACAGGCUACUAGUGAAAAGGUCAAAGAAGUGUACCUUUGGACCGAUUCCACGAUUGUCUUGGGUUGGUUAAAAACUCCCCCAAACCAGUUAAAAACAUUUGUUUCGCAUCGUAUUGCCGAAAUCCAAACUUCAUCCGCAAAUUGGAAUUGGCUACACGUACCCACCGACCAAAAUCCCUCAGAUUUACUUUCAAGGGGUUGUUCGCCAUCACAACUUACAUUAUAA